ACCAUUCCGGAAAACACCGAAGCUCCUUCCGGACAGUCCCGAAGCUCUUCCGGAAGUUGCCGAGCGGCGCCGGCCGUUGCCCACCCUCCGUCUCCUCAGCGCCGCCGCCGCCGCUCCCCCGGCGCCGCUCCGCCGCCCCCUCCGCCGCCUCCUCCCCGCCGGGGGGGGCCCACCCGGUCCGCCGCCCCCGGCCCGGCGCGGCCCGGCCCGGCAGGAUGAUCAAGCUCUUCUCGCUGAAGCAGCAGAAGAAGGAGGAGGAAUCGGCGGGCGGCACCAAGGGCACCAGCAAAAAGGCCUCGGCCGCGCAGCUCCGCAUCCAGAAAGACAUCAACGAGCUGAACCUGCCCAAGACGUGCGAGAUCGACUUCUCCGACCAGGACGACCUGCUGCACUUCCGCCUCCUCAUCUGCCCUGACGAGGGUUUCUACAAGGGAGGGAAAUUCGUCUUCAGUUUUAAGGUCGGACAGGGCUACCCCCACGACCCGCCGAAGGUGAAGUGUGAGACGAUGGUCUAUCACCCUAACAUCGACCUGGAGGGCAACGUCUGCCUCAACAUCCUCAGAGAGGACUGGAAGCCCGUCCUGACGAUAAACUCCAUCAUCUACGGCCUGCAGUACCUUUUCCUG